AUGUCCUCUGUUCUUGGCUCAAAUCACAUACACACGACAGCCUACUACCCCCAGGCCAAUGGAAAGGUCGAAAGGUGGCAUAGAACACUCAAGGCUGCGGUGAUGACGCAUCAGACUACUGCCUGGGUGGACAUUUUACCAGCAGUUCUACUUGGUCUUCGCUCAACGAUCAACAGCAAACUCGAAGUGUCUCCAGCUCAACUUACAUUCGGUACUGAACUCCGUUUACCAGGAGAUUUCAUCGCAGACACACCUGAGCUGAGCAAUGUGCCGGAGUUUGUCAAGAAGCUGCAGUCAGCAUUACAGAGCGUUGGAAAAGCAUUCAGACGACACGGAAAUACGCCUAUUUUUGUGCCAAAAGCUGUAGACACAUGUACACACGUUUUCUUACGUGUCAAAACCCAACGAGCUUCACUCAUACCACCGUAUACCAGACCGCAUUGCGUAAUUUGUAGUAAGGACAAAGUGAUUGAAGUAGAGGUCAAUGGAAAAGCUAUUCUGGUAUCCAUAGAUCACCUAAAACCUGCGUACUUGGCACCUGUAGCAGACACCGAUCAAUUAAGGAGUCAGAUCAAGGAUACAGUAAAACCUGAACCUGCUCAGCAUCCUGAAGCUGAGAAAAGUCGUCUGAAACGCAAAGUAAGUUUCAAAGGCAUUUAUAUGCGAUAA